CUUCAGCUUCAAUUAACCCAGCACAAUGUCUCGUCUUUACGCCAAAGGUCGUGUUCUUGGAUUCAAGCGUGCUAAGCGUAACCAGCGCCCUGACAUCUCGCUCAUCCAGAUCGAGGGUGUGAAGACUGCUGCCGACACCGACUUCUACCUCGGCAAGCGUGUUGCUUUUGUCUACCGCGCCAAGCGUGAGGUCAACGGAUCGAAGAUCCGCUGCAUCUGGGGCCGUAUCACCCGUGCCCACGGUGGCUCCGGUGCCGUCAAGGCCCGCUUCCGCAACAACUUGCCCGCCAAGUCCUUCGGUGCCUCUGUCCGCGUCAUGAUGUACCCCUCCCGCGUUUAAAUGUCUCGUCGAAUAAACCCAAUAACGGGAUUAUCAAUGGACUCUUUGACACAUUAAAGGACAAUACAAAAAAAAAACUAAGCAAUCCAUGGA